CAGUUGAAGGCGUAUUAUUUCAAAGUUUGAAACAUAUUCACAGAAUUCAACGGAUGACUGUGAUCGACCUCAGAGGACUUUUGAUUUUAGCUGACAUUAAAUUGAUGCGUUUCUGGGAGCGGACGACAAGUGUUGUGGCGUCUCUAAAGCCGUGCGUAAUUGCCGUUUCUUCCUCAACUCCACUGGUAAAAAUUCCUGUUUCCCUGACGAAACGUUGCAUUUGAAGGAAGAGCAUUUAACCGGCGGAUAAGAUGACAGCGAUCAGAAUGGUUUCAUCAGUGCUGCUGCUGGUGCUGAUGCAGUCCGGAGCUCUUUGCGCACGGAGGUUCCGGGGUGGCCGCAACCCACAACCACGACGCUCACCACCUCCUCCCACAUACCGGGCGGACCGGAGUGACACCACGGAGAGCUUCCCUCUGGAUUUCACCGCCGUGGAGGAGAACAUGGAUAACUUCAUGACACAAGUGAAGAACCUUGCGCAGUCUCUCUACCCGUGCUCCGCGCAGAAGCUCGACUAUGACAUGAAGCUGAACUUUUUGGAGAAUACAUCAGUCACCUGCAACGACGGUAGUCCUGCGGGGUACUACCUGAAAGAAUCUCGAGGCAGCAGACGAUGGUUGAUAUUCUUAGAGGGCGGCUGGUACUGCUUCAACAAAGAGAACUGUGAUAGUCGAUAUGAGACCAUGAGGAGACUGAUGAGCUCAUCCAAGUGGCCCCAAACUAAAACAGGCACGGGGAUCCUGUCUUCCCUGCCGGAGGAAAAUCCUCACUGGUGGAAUGCCAACAUGGUGUUCCUGCCAUACUGCUCCAGCGAUGUGUGGAGUGGCGCAACUGCCAAAACAGAGCAGAAUGGCUAUGCCUUCAUGGGCUCGCUGAUAAUUCAGGAGGUCGUGAAGGACCUGCUGAACAAAGGUCUGGACAAUGCCAAGGUUCUCCUUCUAGCAGGAAGCAGUGCUGGUGGCACGGGGGUCCUGCUGAAUGUGGACCAUGUAGCAGAGCUGUUGGAGGGACUGGGGCACACCGGGAUACAAGUGCGAGGCCUGUCUGAUUCUGGCUGGUUCCUGGACAACAAGCAGUACCACUGCACUGACUGCGUUGACACUGCCAGCUGUACCCCCACUGAGACCAUCAAGAGAGGCAUCAAGUACUGGGGAGGAGUGGUACCAGAGAGGUGCAGACAAACCCAUGAAGGAGAAGAAUGGAACUGUUUCUUCGGAUACAGAGUCUUUCCAUCAAUAAAAAGCCCUGUGUUUGUGGUCCAGUGGCUUUUUGAUGAGGCCCAGUUGACAGUGGACAACAUCCAGCUGACAGGCCAGCCUGUGCAGGAAGGCCAGUGGCGCUACAUCCAAAACCUGGGCAUAGAGCUAAGGAACACACUAAAAGACGUCCCGGCUAUGUUUGCUCCAGCAUGCCUAUCACAUGAAGUUAUCACCAGAAAUUACUGGAUUGAUGUGCAGGUUAAAGGCACUUCCUUGCCCCGAGCACUGCACUGCUGGGACCGCAGCCUCCAAGACAACAGGAACAACAAGGCCCCACCCAAGGGUUGCCCUGUGCAUUUGAUUGACAGCUGCCCGUGGCCACACUGUAACCCCACUUGCCCCACCAUCCGAGACCAGUUCACAGGACAAGAGAUGAAUGUCAUUCAGUUCCUCAUGCACAUGGGCUUUGAUGUGCAGAAGAUGGCCCAGCAGCAGGGCAUGGACCCCAGCAAGCUACUGGGCAUGCUCAGCAGUGGCAGCUAAAGGGACACAUGCAUACACAGCAUCUCCAAGCUAAGCCCGAUUAGGGUUGGCUGGUCUCUCUGGCCAGUCUCCCACGCCUGAUACCUCCAACUACCCAUCCAACUUCACAACCCAUUCUACCUAGUCUAUUCCCCUCUGACCUCCUGUUUACUUUUGGUACGAACCUCAAGCAAACAAAGGGGCUUAGAUUUGUCCCACAAUCCCUUCCUCACAACUCAGUACUGGUGACAAGUACAGGGGGCAAUAUGCCACCAUGACAAGGCACAACACACUGCUACUCUCCAUUUAAAUUAUCUUUUGCUUUGUAAAAGAAAAAAAAAUAUCACGAAUGUAAUCCAGUUUUAAGGAUGCUCAGUGAUGUUUUGUUUUUUAUAUUAUUUUCAUCCUUUCAUAUAGAUUAUAUUAAGUCAUUGUUAAGAAAAAAAAAGCCACAAUGACAUAAGGAUGCUGUCUUUGUUAAGUAGUCACUAUAGAGUAUAUGGGUAUAAUUUUGUUCAAACUGUUUUAUAGUUGGGUUUUACUUACAUCUCAUCACACAAUAACCUACAUCAAAGCAAAAACAGGGGCAUAUGAUGAGGUGAAAAAAGCACUGGAUCGGGAGGGGACUGAAAGAAAUUUAGUAUUUACCUCUAAAACAAUGGCAAGAGC